AUGUCUGCACGAGAUGCAAUGGCAGCUAUGCUCGAUGAGCUUAUGGGUCCAAAAAGAAAUGUCGACCUCGGUAAAGAUACCACAGUGAAAUAUGAUGAUCCUGAUGUAUGUAAAUAUUAUAUUGUUGGCUUCUGCCCACAUGAUAUGUUUGUAAACACCAAGGCAGAUUUGGGCCCUUGCCCGAAAUUGCAUGAUGAUAACCUUAGAAUAUCAUAUCCAGGAAGCAAAGAAUUUGAAAAAUUAGGUUUUGAAAGAGAUUUCCUCCGUUUUCUCAAUAGGCUGGAGGAAGAAAAUCAGAGACGGAUUAAAAAAAAUAAAGAUAAAUUAAGGUCGAACGACGAGUACGGUCAAAAAAAAGACGAAGAGCGAAAGCAAAAGCUUGAUCAGGAUUUGGCGCAAAUUGAUGCCGAUAUAAAGACAGCCAUGGAUGAAGCAGAAGAGGCAGGAAAUAAAGGAGAAGUUGGAUUAUCUCAUGAAUUGGUCGGGAAAGUAGAAGCCUUAGAGCGUUCCAAAGCAGCUUUCAUCGAGCGAAUGGCUCUCGAACACCCUGAGAUAGAUGAUGGUGUCAGACCGAAGGAUGUUUGCGAAGUGUGUGGAUCCAUCCUCAUUCGUAAUGAUGCCCCGAAUCGCGUGGAGGAACACCUUUCCGGUAAAAUGCAUGUUGGAUUUGCUAAAAUACAAGCGACGAUAAAGGAAUGUGAGGUUCGCAUGAAGAAGAAGCAGGAAGAGAUUGAGAAGGAGCGUAAAGCUAGGAAGAGGAGUGUAGAGAAAGAGCGCAAAAGAUCGCGUUCCCGUGAUCGUAGGGAUAGAGACAGAGAUGCCAAAAGGAACCGUUCAAGAUCCAGGGAAAAUAGACCCCGAUAUGGAAGAGAACGUGAUGGUGGACGAGGAGGAGGAGGUGAUCGUGAACGAGGUGGUGAUCGUGAAAGAGACCGUGACCGGGAUCGUGAACGUGGUGACCGCGAUCGUGGUGGUGACCGUGAUCGUGAUCGCAGACACCGUCGAUAG